CAGGACGUCGUAUUACACCAUGGAAAUGCUUCGAUUGGUCUCGCUUUGCGCCAUUGUCUCCACUGCCUUGUCCUUCGUCGCCACCGGCCCGCCCUCCCGUCACACCACGGCAGCACCGACGGCUCGCCCAACAUUCGCAGCAUGGGGCACGCGUGUGGUGCCCAGCCGUAGCAUGAGUCUGCAUGGAAGCCGGGGACUAUGCAUGGCGAUGGAACGCACCUAUAUCAUGGCGAAACCGGACGCAGUCCAACGUGGACUCGUGUCUGAUAUCAUUGGGCGUUUCGAGAAAAAGGGGUACAAACUGGUCGCGUUGAAGCUUGUCAAACCCGCCCGGUCCCUCUUGGAGGAGCACUACGACUCGUUGAAGGACAAGGCCUUCUUCCCGAGCCUGAUGGACUACAUGACGAGCGGCCCAGUGGUGGCGAUGGUCUGGGAGGGGAAAAACGUGGUGGCCACGGGCAGGACGAUGCUGGGCGCCACGAACCCGUUGGAGAGUGCCCCUGGCACGAUCCGGGGGGACUUCUCGAUCGAGGUGGGCCGGAACAUAUGCCACGGUUCAGACUCGGUGGAGAACGCAGAGCGGGAGAUAAAGUUGUGGUUUGGGGAGGGAACCAUUGAUUGGUCGAGCCACAGCCAGGGCUGGAUUUAUGAGUAGAACUGUCGAGAUGAUAAAGGACGGCGAGGGAGGAACAGAGGGCACGAGGGUGUGUUUGCGAAAGCCCAGCCUACACUUUUUCUUGGCCUCCGAAGGCUGUGGCAGGGUUGCGACAUCCGAGCGAACAAAGAAAGAGCGAAACGGAAUCCAAA